AUGGUUGCUGGAUAUCAACGGCUAAAUGAAAGAAAAACGCAGCCAAAUCCCAAUAUUGUCUUCAUCAAGCCUUUAGAAGGUCCUGACAAGAAGAUCGCACAGGACUUUCUCGAAAGAAUAGCUGCGCAAUGCCGCCCCAUCAUGAGAGAACACCAUCUAUAUGUCACUUCUCUAGAAGAAUACGAACCAAACCGUGAAUUUGUCGGGCGUAACUUCAACGCAGGAGAGGUAGUUCAACUGGUUUUAAAAUCACCCAGCACCGGCCGCUGGCUUCCAUUCAACUACGUCCAGAUGGUCAUGAUGCAUGAGCUAGCGCACUGUAAGCAAAUGAACCACUCUCGGGCUUUCUGGGCGGUCCGGAAUUCCUACGCGGCGCAGAUGCACGAGCUUUGGUCCAAAAAGUACAUGGGAGACGGCAUCUGGGGUAGAGGCGCCAACCUUGCCACUGGUGAAUGGGAGAAAAACACUGUACUUGCUGAUGAGAUUCUCCCGGAACAUCUCUGUGGAGGCACAUACAGAUCGAGACGAAAGAGAAAGGUCAAACCGCAGUUGUCCUACCAAGAACGAAAGGAGAAAAGGAUUCUGAAAAAGUUUGGUGCCAACGGAGUUGCUCUUGGUGCAGAUGAAGUGGAAAAGGUCAAGCUGGAAAGCGGCAAGAAGAUUCAAGCAAAACCCCGAGUUGCUGGGAGUAUGAGAGGGCGCGAACUCAGAGCAACUGCAGCGCUCGCACGUUUCGAGAAACAAAAAGUUGAGCCGGACCCUGUCAAAGACGAUGAGGAGACGGACUCCGGCAGCGGCAGCGAGUUUGAGGAUGAGCCUGGAGAAGAUUCCAAGGACGCCAUUGGUGUCGACGGGAAGAAAAUACUCGACGGUCAAGGUCGAGGGAUGGUCAGAGUCUGCGGAGAUGAGGACGUUGAUGAUCUUGGGGCAAUCGAUGAGACGCAGGAGCUUCAAAGGAUGAUCAGGGGCAUCAAAGGGGAGUCCCCUGGGCCACAGGUAUCAGACGUACCUAAAAACACACAACCCCAAGGUCAAAAGAAACAAUCCCAAUCGUCGGCGACGCCAACCACAAAGAUCAAAUCAGAGUCGUCAAAAAAGUCUGAACAACCCAAGAUAACAGUUUCACUGAGCCGUGCCAAUGCAAAGGACACCUCAAAGGCUACGGAAGAGACCAAACCCCAAUCUUCAACGACACCAACAGCAGGAACAGAACCAGAAAAUUCAACGAACAAUCAGUCAGCACCUAUUGGAACAUGCUCAAUGUGUUCAUACGCCAACCCUAGUCUAGCUCUUACAUGUGCAAUGUGUGCCAACGUGUUGGAUUCCUCAGCACCAGGCUCAUGGCAAUGUUCGAGUGAUGCAUGUCAGACCACGCAUUAUCGCAAUGCUAGCGAUUGUGGGGUGUGUGGGUUGUGCGGAAAGAGAAGGGGAGAUGCCACGCAAUCCAACGAUGUUGAAUGA